AUGGUGGAGAACGAGGUCCGUCCGUAUUACUCGACACGUGCCACAUUCACCAGCACCGUGUCCGACACCCUGUCCACCUUCUUGACCUUUACCGAGAGGGAGCGCAUGACGUGCUGGCAGAUCAUGGCGAGCGAGAGCUUCGGUCUCAGAGACGUGGUCAAGUACGGAGUCAUCCACCAAGGCCAGUUCAUGAGCCCCGAGGCGUACCAGCUGGCCACGGUUCUUCCCCUGCGCCAGUGGCUCGGCAUCCUGCACCGCGAGGUUGGCGAGGUGGUCGAUAUAAGUCGCGUCCUCACCUCGGGGGUUCGCCUCCUCGCGGGGAUGAGCAUGCCCGCUGGUGACGUUACUAGGAAAGGCGAGAUCCAGCACCAGCACCAGCACCAGCACCAGCACCGGCACCGGCAUCAGCAGCGACGACAGCGUACCCACCUCUCCGCCAUGUCGUUCACGUCAGCUGUGGGUGCAAACGCCAUGUUUCUCGGCAUGCCGGCGCACAAUCUACUUGACAUGUCCCUCCUGUCACCCUUUGGGCGGAGCAGCAGCAGCAGCAGCAGCGGUGGCAGUAGCGGCAGAGAUGUCGAGUACCGUCCCUUGGACUCGUCAUGGGCAGACUUGCGCCCUACCGCCAUCCAGCAGACCGUCACCCACCACCCCCUAUUCGACUUGCUCCCCUGGCCCGAGUUUCGGAACGCCGUCAUCACGGCCCUCUACUCGAACCCGCCCCACGUCGAUGCUGAUGACCUGAUACUCGAUCUCUGGCAUGACGGGAUCCGCUGUUGGCGCUUCGCGGAUCCCGACCCUGCGACGACAGAUCCGUCUGCUUCCGCCAGCUCGGUCCAGAAUGGCCUGCCGUGGCACUCGCAGAGCUGGGAGGCUGCGCCCUGGUUCCUGGCCAAAUGGGCUAUGCUAAUCGGGGGUCCGGGGAGUGAGAUGUCCAGAACGAGUGCUUGGUGGCGAUGUAUGACACAAGGCAUGUGA